AUGCUUCUCAUUUUCGCCUUCUUUCUCGCCUUAAUGGCACCAAUAUCUUCAGAAGCCACAUCGUGUCAUGGCCAGAAUACCACCACGAAACCUCACCCGCCCCCUGAGUAUCGACGCUCUAUAAUUCUCAACUACCAGGACCCCACGUUGCGUUUUGGUCACGACUCAUUUUGCACCAGUCCCCGCCGACUUGAAGAGAAAGCUCUCGCGGAACAGACCUACAUGGUUGCAGACUGUAACAGACUCAUCCGUAUGCUCAGGGGCGAUGAUGGCCUCUAUGGCGGCUGGUGGCUGGUCGAGGACUUGGACUGCAAGCUUGAUGGAGAUAUUUAUUGGGCGACGGUCGCCGGGUGGAAAUCAUGCAACUUUGCGGUAAUCACGCCUUACUGCCCAUGCGGUUACACUGCGUUUUCCAGACUGGACGUCGCAAAGGCGAUCGCUUACUCCCUGCCAUGGGCGGAAGUCUUAAGACAAAGUUCCACCUCAGCGCCAUACAUGAUGCUCGUCAUUUGCGCCUUUUUCCUCGCCUUGAUAGCAUCAGUCUCUUCAUACACUUUAUCUCACCCUCCUAGCAUAGUUCCCCCACACGAUCGGGCGCUGCAAGACAGAGUCAUCUCGGCUUCGCCCCAAAUACACACUGUCACAGUCGUAUAUGACUUCUCCGACUAUCACCCCGGAAAUGCUUCUCAUUGUGGUCCUUUCGAAAACCGAUCUGAAACACCAAACACUCCAUUCAUUGUCGAAGAUUGCAAAACACUACUCCGCCUUGUCAUCGCCGGCGAUCCCUCCCACACUGGCUGGUGGGCAGUCAAAGACGAGGAUUGCCGCCAAGGCGAAGAUUACUGGUGGACGACAGUGGCAGGAUGGGAAACGUGCAACUUGGCGGUAGUUAUGCCUGACUGCCCGAGUAGCUUCACUCGGUUCUCCCAGCUGGACGUUGCCAAGGCCAUCUCUUGGUUGAUGCCGGAUGAUGGACAGGCCAAUGGGACUAUGUCAACUGGCACAUUUCAGUGCAGCAAAGCAGAUCCCUCUUCCCAAGACCCCAUUUACAAUGUUACGUUUUUGUUGUUUGAUCCAAGCAUCCACAUUGCACAGGGAGCUCUUCCGACAAGACUUCAUGGUCUUGUCGGAACUGCGGCGACGUCUUCAUCCAAUGGCGUGGCAAUAACGCUGAUGGCAGACCCUACCCAAUGA